AUCUAUAUUCGAAAACGUAGAAGCUAAAAUUUUCAAGGAUUCCUGAACGCAUUCGCGACAGCGUCAAGAUGGUGAAAUUCGGGCUGCAGUUUAAAGCCACUCUGGAAAAUGUGACCAACGUGAGGCCGCUGGGGGAAGACUUCCGGUGGUUUCUGAAGCUGAAGUGUGGAAACUGUGGAGAGGUCCCAGAUAAAUGGCAGUACGUAACUCUAAUGGAGAAUGUUCCCCUAAAAGGAGGCAGAGGGAGUGCCAGUAUGGUGCAGAAGUGCAAACUUUGUGCAAGGGAGAACUCAAUUGAUAUCCUGAGAGACACCCUUACCCCUUAUAAUGCAGGGGACAACGAAACCUUCAAGACGAUGGUGCAGUUCGAGUGUCGAGGUCUGGAGCCCGUUGAUUUCCAACCACAAGCUGGCUUUGCUGCAGAAGGAGCAGAGACUGGAACCCCGUUCCCUGAAGUCAACCUGCUAGAAAAAGACUGGACAGACUAUGAUGAGAAAGCCAACGAGUCUGUGGGAAUCUAUGAGGUCACGCACCGAUUCAUCAAGUGUUGAGGUCGUUACAUGAGGAGCCUUGGACCUGGUAUAGAUGGGACACUACAGUCAGAUAUCCUCAGUCCUGGCUACUGUCAACCAGAAUGCUUUGCACCCUGAGGCGGUGGUUUGGUUCCUGAUGAACAAUGGGAGGUCUUGGUUAACACACAGCUAUCCAUUCGUGUUUCUUGGAUUGAUCUGUAUGCUCAGCAGACAUGACCCUUGUGCAUUGUCUCAAUAAAAGUAAAGAUGUGGGGA